AUGGUAUCCUCUGAUAUCCCGUUCAUUUUUGCUUCUAUUUCGCAGUACGCGACAGUCGAGACCAUCGAAGCACUUAUACGAGACAAAUACGAUGAGACGCAGAAUCACCUUAGGUAUGCCCAAAUAUAAAAAGUUCUGAAGUUCUGUCUCAAGACGUAUUUUACGUUUGACCAAACAAUCUACGGACAGGCGAAUGGCACGCCAAUGGGUUCGCCGAUUUCGGGAUUCACAGUCAAGGCGGUCCUACAACGGUUGGAGUCGCUGGUUUUCCAACAUCACAAACUGAAAUUCUGGGCUCGGCAUGCAGAUGAUACCUUCGUCGUCAUCGAACGGGAUCAGGUGCUGGAAUUCAAAGAACGCCUCAACGCCGUCUUCCCGAACAUUCAAUUUAGGAUGGAGGAAAAGGCAAACAACCAGCAAGACUUUCUUGAUGUCUUCGUCUGCCACAAAGAUUGCAGUGGCUUAAAAACCGAAAUAUUCAGGAAUGCAACAAAGGCGGCGCAAGUACUGGGCUACAACAGCAAACACCCAAUCAUUCACAAACGCAGUUUCAUAAGGGCGCUAUGCCAGCGACAAUUACUGACAAGGCAUUAUAAAAUAUUAAGAUGUCGGCGACCGUUUGCGGUGAAAUAAAAAACAUGUAACUACUUGGAUGGAGUCAUUGGCGAAUAGAUGAUAUCGUUGAACUAACACAUGCAUUGCUUUAUCGUAGUAGAUAGUGGUCAUUUAGAAUUUCAAUUUAUUGUUACUCUGCGUGCAACCGUUUGUGAAUAUCCUUCUCCAUGUUUUCUUUACCACGUUGAGCCACAUCCGUUUUGUCAGAUUUCGCAAUGGAUUCCGCUGCCAUACAUUUCUUUUAGCACCAAUUGGACCGUCCUCAUUGUUGAAUUUCUUGGAAAAGGCCGAUACCGUCUUUCCUUGCCCUCGAGAUAUUUAUUUAUGGCAGGCAUAAUCAAUGGGGGCAUCAGGUUUGAAAUUCCUGCGAUAUUUGGACCUCGCUCUCUUGUAUUCCAAUUAGAAAUUUUGAUCGUUGCCAGUAGCGGGAAUCUCUUUACUGGCAUCUCAUUCAAAUCUAUCUAAAUUAGGAAAAAAACAUUAAUAAACAGUAACUUUACAUAUUAUGCAAACACGGGGCAAACAGAGAUGGUUAUUUGCAUUUUAUGAACCAUCUUCAGUAGAUCAAAAUCUAAACAAGUUUUGUACAAGAAAAAACAACCACCUGCUUAAAUUUGAUCAAAACGUUAUGCAAGACAAUUGUGCAGUUGUAUUUUUCUCGGUGGAAACUCGUCCCCUCGUGUUGGAACUGACAGUCAUGUAUUUUCUGUUUGUCCGGAAAAUUGAUGCCGUAGGAAAGAAUUUCUGACUGAAAGGUCUCUUCUUGAACAUCUAUACGUUUAACCCGGCUGACAAGGUGUUCAGCAAUCUUCAGGUUUCUACUUAGGCCGUUGUCGCGAGGACACAUGUUAUUUCCUUAAAAUAAAUGCAGAUAAUUCAGUGCUGAUACACGUUUUGAACUACCUUUUUAAAAAUAAGUAAACUAAGGUGUUAGUAAAGUACCAAUAAAUGUAUCGAGAAACAAGAACAGAUAAAGUUUCUUAAGAUCUUUCCAGAAAUCUUCUGUCAAAUGAUUUGCCCUCUGGUUGGUUGGAAUUAUACAAGCUCACAUUAUCUUUUAUUCCGUAACCUAACGAGAUAGAGUGCUCGUUCUUCGUCAAUGGAAUUUCUUCAAAGUGCAUCUCCACAGUCAUCAUUUUUUUAAACGAAGUGCCGUGAGUUGCCUCCUUAAUCGAGCAGAAACUCACUGCUCUGGCAACGAAACUUACCAAACAGAAUUGAAUUAUUUGUUCAAUUUGUUUUCAGUGAAUGAGUAUCCUGGAGCCUUUGUACAUCAGUGCACAAGGCAACAGAAGUUGAAAAAAGGGAGAAAAAUGCGGAUUUUUACGAUUAGGCGUUAAAACCAUGAAACUGGCAAACACCUUUGUCCAUUAGAAAUGUGUCUGAACUCGUUAAAAGAGACCUGAGGAAGCACCAAAUACACGUGGCGCACAAAGUGACGACUACACCUAGCAACCAACUUGUGCACCUUGAGGAUAGAAAGGGCUAUUUAGAUAAGAAAGAAGUCGUCUUUAGGAUACCAUGCGACAGUUGAAAUGCAAUUUACAAUGGUCAGACUGGAAAGUCCGCCGCCAUAGGCAUACAAGAACACCAGUUGGCAGUUAAAAGACUGGACCAUUCGUUUCAAAUUGCUAUGCAUACGCAGGAAACUGGACAUAAAUUUGGCCGAUGAAGACUCACAUUAAAGGUGUUUGUUCAUCUAAGAAAGAUGGAUAAUUUUUGAGACCAUGCAUUCUGGCAGCUCGAGCAUCAAUUAGCAUAUCGAAUUAGAUACUGUGUAUAACAAUCUCAGAGAAAAAUGUAGAGUCGAUAGCUUAUCAUAACGUGAUGCCAGCCUAUAGUAAAAGUUGACUGAGAAGAGCGACUGUAAAAAACCGAUUAUAUCUGAACUGUUGUGCACACUUUCUUCGCGUUUAAGGACGAAAUAAGAAGCCAAAAUCGAAAAUUUAUAAAAUAAACGUUUAUGAUUUAUCCGGAAGGACCUGUUUCCUUCGAAGUGCCCAUACAUGGUUUUAAAAAUUCAAGAUCAAGAUAUCUUACAACGUUCAUGAUCUCUCGAAGAAGACACAGCUAGAGGGAAAGGGAAUAAAUGUACCAAGUUGUAUUUGCGCUGAAGUUUCGGAAAAUUAAGUACGAAGCAACCUACACAAAGAGCAACGACUGAUCAUUCCGUCGACUGACGUGCGGGGGGUCGACAGACACGGCGAAUUGGCUACAACUACGUCUAUUAACAAGGGGAAAAUGCCACGCAUGUCCUCAGAGGGGUCAAUCGUUCGUGGGUCAAGCAUGGCUAUAAUUCGAGUCCGGCGACAAGACUGAAUAUCUCAAGACCAACAGGAGCGGCGACCACAUAUCUUUGACGACAGAAGCGAGAAAAUUUCCAAGAGGUCAGUAUAUGUACUUUUCGGUUCACCAUCUCACUCUCUCUUCUUCGGGAGAUGGUUAACGCGAUAUACACAAUGAGUGACCGAUCUCACGAAAUGUUAACCGAAAUUCUGAAAUGCGGUUUCUAUCAGGAAGGACUACUUAGUUGCGGUUGUAAAUUGAUUAUCUUGCGGCAUAAUCCUACAAUAUUUCGGACUCGGCAGGAUGUCAGCCUUUGAAUGCACUGCUUUUUUAUCUACUGCAGAAAUGAAACUCGGUAAAAAAUGACUAUUUAGGUAUCAUGAAUGACUUACAUUGAUUUUCGGUGGUACUGCAAAUUCAAAUAUAUUUUAUAGAAACCACGAACAAAAAUAUGCUUUCUCCCAGACGUUUGAUAUUGCAUCAUGCUAUCCUUAUAAUUUAUGCUUAAAUAAGGUAUAUAACUAAGUUUUAAAAAGUGUUUUAUUAUGAGAGACAGUAUCGCACCCGUCCGUUUACCACUGCUUCUCAUGAAAUGUACAACAUGAUCCGCAUCCAUGGUAAAAUUAUGUGGAAUCUAUAUGAUAUCUUCCUAAAGGCAUAGAGGAAUAUGUGAGUUUCUUUACGCGGACCGCAUGCACUUUGUAGACUGUGAUCACUAAGCGCUAAUGCAACGACUGAAUGGGCUCCAAAUUAUUCGGGAAUUAGAAAACUUGUUUAAAACCUAAUUAUACUUCUUGGAGCACAAAAUGUAAAGAUGACGUGACUCUCUAUCAAACGACUGAAGGAAAGCUUAUGUUUCUUCGUGGUUGCUAUGAAAUAUACUUGAAUUUACUAGACCAGCGAAAAUCAGUGUGAAAAUGCAGGCUACCUAAGUAGUCAUUUUUCACCGGAUUCGGUUUCCAUAGGAGAUUGAAAAGAAGUGCAUUCGAAAGCUGGCAUUCUGCCAAGUCCGAAAUAUUAUAGCAUUAUGUCACAAGGUAAUCAAUAUUACACUGGCGCCUAAGUUAUCCUUCCUAAUCGAAAAUGCGUUUGAGAAUUUCCGCCAACGUUUCGUGAGAUCGGUCACUCACUGUAUACUCCUAUAGUAAUACUGGUCUACGGACGUAGGAGAACCUUCGUUUAACGUGUCCCUUACAAAGAGCAAUUGAAUGCGUCACAACACUUACAUGUAGUCAUUCAGGCUUCUAAUAAAAAUAUGGCGAAAAUCACAUUGCAUAGCUACUUUAUACUAUCUGAACCCUUCUAAAUCUAAAGUUUACAGUCAACAUCGAAACAUAUAUUUCUUGUUAUUUAAGUUUUUAAGGUUUAACAUAUACAGCAGCCUGCCUACUUUGUAAGAUUUGAAUCAAAAUCCUGAAGUAUGCUUGCUAUAAGUGAAGAAGAAGAUUUGAGCACCGGAACACUUUGUUUAUUGUCCUGAGCGUUCAGACUCGUACAGGAGUCCGUCGUCAGAGGUAGUGGCAGAAAGAGAACAAGCGGCAGUUAUAAGGCAUGUAGGCCCAAUCAUCGACCAACGGCGCAAGACUGGAGGUGACUACACAGGGCUCUGUGCGCCGGCGCCAAAUCGAUAAAUCGAUUGACCGAGUUCUCACCCGAGGCCCAGGCUUCAAUCAAUUCUCGGCCUGCUUUGUUUCCCGCGUGGGCGACUAUUUCGCUGGUUGCGAAGUUAAACUCGUGACCCACUUAGUAGGUGUGGGCGACCACUUGUGAUAGUGCGUCGCCUCGUCGCACAACCAGCCUAAGUUCGUGUAUGCGCGAUCCGCGCAUGCGUCUAGUCUGUCCUGUGUAGUUACAAGGACACUUUUGACACGGGAUGCAAUACACUACUCCAGAUUGCUCUUCAGGCUUUAGUCGGUCUUUGAUUUUCAUGACCCUAUUGCGCAUGGUGGCUUUGGGACGGUGUGCAAUCCCAACACUUAGCUCCGCAGCAAUGCGCUAGGUCGCUUCUGAAACACCCCUGAUGCAUGGCAGAGAACGCCAUUUCGUCGGUGGCGUUGAUGUUUGAGUUCUCUGGUGGCGACCGCGUAGUCAGCGACUUAUGGAUGCACUCAGAUAGCCAUUUUGUACAAACAAAAUAAUAAACAAACAAAUAACAAACAAAUAAUAAACAAAGUAUUCCGAUGCUCGAAUCUUCUUCUUCACUUAUGCACACACCUGGAACUCUAAAUUUUGCCUUUGUAUGCUUUCUAUUGUGGAGGACUUUUUUGUCCUCUAACCUCAUUACGGCGGUCCGCAAAUACAACAGUCGUUAAAGACGGCUGCUUAAACAAUCUACCAUUUUCUAUUUAUCUUAAAUACCUUCAUAAAUUAAAAUAUAUUCUACAACACCCAUGUCCAAAAUGUACGUUUGCAUUCACUUGACAUCACGUUACGUUUUUUUAAAUAUUUUAACCGAGGAAAUGUUAGUUUGCGGUCCUGAAAAAGCAUAUUAUAACUUAAUUUUUAUGACCGAAAAAUAUCCCUUUUUAAAACAUUGAAACUGUGUGUUUAUAAAUUUUGCUUAUGGAGUAUACAACACGGACCGCAUUCACCGAAAAUUUUCAUGAAGUCCCCUGAAUAACAUAAAGAAAUCUAUGAUUUUCCUCACCCGGAAAGUAUACAGCGCGCGGUUUUGAGAUCGUAAACGCAAGUGCGACUGCAUGUUAGGUAACGCAUAUUUCGAGAAUCGAAAAAGGCGGUUAGAACCAGAAAUACUCCUCAAUCAUGUCUAAAAGACGAAAAAUAUUUGAUUUGUUGACAAAUACGAGCAAAAGUGCUUUGAUGAAGGCUUUGCAUAAGGUGUGCUUGAGUCGACAAGAACAUCGAAAGUCAACUGGAUCGUUUCGGGUUAUUAAAUAAUCACUCAUUUUGGAGUGUGUUUUCUGCAGACGGUCGGAAAGGAGCUCACUUAAAAGCCGUUAUCCUUUGGUAAUUAAAAUAUCUUGGCAUUAUUCCGUGCAAUAAUAAUAAUAAUAAUUGCGACCUUAACUAACUAAUCGUUUCCAAUCGGACUCAUAUUCCUGAACUAUGAUUAGCUUGUCGUUAUACAUACAUAUAUAUGACGUUUGGAAGAGAUGCAGUAAUCUGCAGAACUUGAGAAUACUUACUGCGAGCGGACAGACAAGCACUGCACCGCGUGGUGCAAAGCAAUAAGAGAGAAGCAUAACCGACGAUCAUUUUCAAGGAAAUGAAAAUAUACUUUGCCUGUCUAGACUACCAGACAUUCCAAACGAACAGCUUUUUUCAAAUCAGACACAGGCGCCGUAUACAGUCCUUGCCUGUUUGUCAGCAAGGUCACUCUUUGAAGGCGGAUCAACGAACUAUUUUGUUGCGGCUGCUGUAGAGAGCAGCCGUGGAAAGUCUUUAAUUAAUGACAGAGCUCAUUGUUUCACACAGAUAUAUGCACUCAUGUGUACUAUGCCGCUUUAGUCAUAAAACGUACUACCGCAAAUUUGAAAACAUCAUCCAUGGAAAAAAAAUCACACUGCACACCUUUUACCCGUUCAGCUCGUUUCGGCAUAACUUAAUCUCUCCUAGGGUAGUUUAUCCUAAAUGAAGUAUAUCAGACAUACUUCGGAAAAUGGUAACGCACAGGAACAGUAAUUUAUAAAAAUUUUUUUGGGGGAAACAUUUCAGGGCAGACUUGUUUAUUAAGCAAGAGAGCAUUAAUAUGAGAUCUUCGUUAAGACUGUUCGUUUUAUGUAGGCGAUGAGGUUUUGUGCUUUGGGAGUUCGUGUGUAUUGCGCACACGGCUCUCUAAAUGCAUCAUAACGACCCAGAACUCAACAUUUUGAUACAUACAUUUGAAACAUGCGAUUUUGAUAGCGGAAAUAGACGCUAAUUAUUGCCAAUAGAUGCGAAGAAACGAGUCCCAAGAAGUAGUCUUAAAGAAGGAGACACGAUCGUUGGGACAAGAGCUUUAUUAACCUGACAUUUUGGAUUACUGUUCGAGCCCAUCCUCAGAGACAAAAGCAGAUAAGGGUGAUUCAUGCACAAGGGGCUGCAGUAUUUGUAGGAUGCAGUCACCAUGCUACCGCAUCCCCAUGAACAUUCACGGCUCCCCACUUCAUCCGGGAUCGUUGCACUUGUCGUACCAAUUGUUUGAUGACCAUCCUAUAAAUACUGCUGACCUUUGUGAAUGAACCACCCGUAUCUGCUGUUGUCUUUGAUGAUUGGUUCCAGAAGUAAUCCGAAACGUGUCUCCUUCUUAAAGUCUACUUCCUUGGACUCGUCUCUUCGCUUCUAUUGGCAGUACAUUUCGACGCGAUGCUCUCCGAUCGGCCCGGCGAUGGGAAACCUUCGCCCUUCAGGAGGCCUCCACGUAUUCGCAGAUCCGGUUUCUGCACAAGUGUCGCGACAAUAAUGUGUUACCGAAAUGUUUUUUAUACAGGCUACCGAUUAACACCGAUUUAGCGAGACGGACAGUAUUUCAACACGGCAGAAGGAUGAUUCGAGUGCUCCUCCAAGAUUGUCACGCGAGACUUCGCAAGUAGCGUCAAAGAUUGACCGAGAAAAGACCAGAUGCUGUGAGUUGAUGGGCAAAAUCGGUACAAAUAUGGUCCAGCAGAAGGUAACUGAACAAACCCGCGAACAGAGAACGAUACGCGAUGCAGCACUGGAGAACAAAUUCCGAAAGCCGCCCAAUCCAACAUCGCCCAGAAACGACAAACUCGUGCACAACCUGUCAUCAAAGGAGCUGACGAAGGAUCAGAUGCAGGUUUAACGGUAUGAAGUUUCAUUUAACACGGUUGACGCCAAACCUGCUAACAUGAUUGCAGCAGUAGAAUCAACCUUUACUCGGACGAAGACAACAGAGGAGACUAAGAGCCUCGUCCGACACCAAGCGUCGUCUCUCCUAAUGGCCCACAGGCCGCGGGAAGUGCUUUCCAAGGUCGAACGUGAUGCGCUUAGAAAAUUCAAGAUCGAAAAAGACCUUGUCAUCGUGCCAGCGCCACGGUUGUAAUGGAUAGGACAGACUACCUUCAAAAAGCCAAAGGUUUACUUGAGGGCUGACAGUUCUAUUUCCCAUGUGCAACGAACCCUUUAAAGGCGCUGACACGCGAAAUUAAUGCUGCAUUGUUGGACUUGGAGAACUCAGGUGCAAUAACACCGACCGACAGACGCAUGACGAGACCCCAAGAUACGGCAUUGGCCCGAUUCUAUGGCCUCUCUAAGUUGCACAAAGACGGCGCUCCUCUCCGACCCAUCUUGUCACUCAAAGGGACUCCACCGUACGGACUGGCUAAAUGGCUGUUCCGGUGUCUCAAGUUCCUGACCGCUGAGACAGACACCGCGGUCUCUUCGUCAGCACAAUUCCUGGAGAAACUCAAAGGGGUAAGCCUCCAUCCAAAUGAGGUCAUGGUAUCUUUUGAUGUUACAUCCCUUUUUACUUCUAUUCCCCAGGACCUGGCGAUCGAGACAAUCGAACUGCUUCUACAAAGCAAAUACGAUAAAAACGGAGAACCGUCUUGAACGCGCUCAAGUCCUUCAGCUCCUGAAGUUCUGUCUCAGGACGUACUUCAUGUUCGACGAGACAAUCUACGAAAAGGUGAAGAGCACACCAAUCGGUUCACCGAUUUCGGGAUUCAUCGCCGAGGCGGUCCUACAACGGUUAGAGUUACAGAUUUUUCAACACCACAGACCGAAGUUCUGGGCCCGGUAUGUGGAUGAUACCUUCGUCCUUAUCGAUCGGGAUUAG